AUGAGUGAGCACACUCGAAAACCUCUUCCAAUUCGACAGGGAAGAGAACUCGAUCGUCCUCGAUGGACUGUGACAAGACGCGAAGAAACUCGACACUCGCCGUCGAGACCGACUUCUCCGUUUCAGUCGAGAAGCGUAACGACAACCGAAAGAGUGCAUAUUGUGCAAUUGCCAGUGACAGAUACUUCCCAGCUGUCACCUGCGCAUAUUCUCGCCCUCUCUCCACAUGGAAAUACGUCGCAGUCCGUCUCAUCGAUUGUAACCACUAAUCAGGCUGAAGGUAUCGGAUUGAUUGGAGCGGUGACCGCUUCUGGAGUUCCACUGCACAAUGGAAUCAUAUUCAAUCGUGACACGAAACAAACCACGACUAUAAUCACAACCACGACAACAACAUAUAAGAUUCUUGAGGUUAGCGAUAGCGAUUCGCUUUCUGAUGACUAUGAAAUGGUUGAUGACAACACAUUGACAAUUGAUGUUGAUUUGACUGAACGAGUACCUUCGCCGAACUACGUGAUCGUUUCAAAAAGCGAGACGAAUGCUCCGAUGUCGCCAAUCACCAAAGCGAGCCUGAAUAUUGAUUUGGAAAUCCCGCCAAGAAUCAGCGAAACACAACGACAUCAAGACAUUGAAGAUUUUCCGAUCACUUCAAUCGUCAACGUCUACCAUUGCGGACAUACUGACAAUGAAAAUAGCAGAAUGGCAACGAUGAAAAUUCCGAUUUAUGAAGAAUCACAAUAUGUUGCAAAUGAUGAACAAACCGCUUCGACUUCGUCAGAUGGAUCGUUCGAAUAUGUUGAG